UACCGAUGUCAAUAAACUGUCCGCAGUGUCAGACUCAUAAUUAUGCAUAGUCGAAUGAAGAGGCAGGCCUACCCGCAGAGUAGAUUCUACCUGAUGUCGUGUCGAAUCAUUGCAGGCUCAAAUGAUUUCUUUCAACAUGCCUCCAUGACGAUUUUUCCGAACUAAUACUUACCCGCAACGCGGAUCUACUAAGUGCGUUCCUCAGCCACUACCCGUUAGGGCCAUGGCUAAAAUGGGGAGUAACUUUGUGGCCGUCGCUGCUUCCAUUGUGGUGGCAAUUGCAUGUACUGCGAUUGGAUUGGCACAAGGAUUUGAGUUCAGAGUUCAGCUAUUUCGCUGCAAUAUUCACAAAGACGCCGCCACACAGUCAUGGCUAGUCGAGACGGGAGCUCCAGGUCACAAUAUCCUGUCGCUGCGCCACAACCCUAGUAUGGUGCUGGAGGCGUAUACCGGGCUCGGCGGUGCCGGAGUGCGCUUAGCGGAGAGGUCCAACAGCGUUGCUCAGCAGUUUUACUACAACACGAGUAAAUACAUGAUCACCAGCGGGCUGACUGGUCUGUGUGUGGCUGUACCGUCUGGCACGGGUGGUGUGCUGGUCACAUUGGCCAACUGCUCCAACUCGGAUCCGAAUCAAAGCUGGGCGUACGACACAAUGCUGGGCCAGAUGCAGUACAGCCAGGACUGGAUGUUGUGCCUGGACGCCGGCACGAACGUCAACUACCACACGACUGGCUGUGGCUCACUACCGUAUAGCGGGUAUGCCUACUGUAAUCACAGCCUGAGUGCUGGUGAGCGUAUCAAGAGCCUAUUGGGAUUCAUCAAUGUCGGCGAGAAAGCCCAGCUGCUGUCGGCGCAAGGGCACACAAACGGCGGUAUUGGGCGGCUGGCAGUGCCGGCUUACACGUACGGCGAGUGUCUUCACGGAGUUAGAAGCAGCUGCGGGCAGGCCGCUCCCGGCUCCACGGGCUGCGCAACAUCAUUCCCGAACCCCCUCGGCCUGGCCGCCACAUUCAACCGCACGCUGUGGUCCAUGGUGGGCGAUGUCAUCUCAACCGAAGGCAGAGCACUGUACAGUCAGAAUCGUAUCGGCCUGUCCAUGUGGGCACCCAACAUCAAUCUGUUCCGGGACCCGCGCUGGGGACGGGGUCAAGAGACCCCAGGGGAGGACCCGUUUUUGACCAGCGAGUACAUAGCGCACUACGCCAGUCACCUUCAGGGCGAUGAGCAAUAUCUCAAACUGGUGUCAACGUGCAAGCACUUCAGUGCCUAUGACCUUGAGAACUACGCCACUGGCUCGCGGAAAUCAUUCAACGCAAUUGUCAGCGACCAGGACUUGGUGGAGUACUACUGGGUGCCAUUCAAAGCAUGUGUCCAGAAGGCCCAUGUCAAGUCUAUCAUGUGCUCGUAUAACUCAGUCAAUGGAAUACCAAGCUGUGCCAAUUCCAUGUUCCAAAACACAAUUGCACGCGAGCAUUGGGGAUUCGAUGGGUUCUUCGUCAGCGACUGCACGGCAAUCGAAGCCAUCUACAACAGGCACAACUACACGAACAGCACCGAAGCGGCCAUUAAAGUCGCCAUGGAGGCAGGCACUGAUGUGAACUGUGGCUCUGUGUACUCGGAGUCUCUGGCUGCCGCUGUCAACCAUGGUGCUGUCACUGAGGAUCUGCUGGAUCAGUCAGCUGAGCGCUUGCUCAACGUGGGCAUUGAGUUAGGUCUACUGGACCCACCAGAGCUGCAGCCAUACACUAAUUUGUCAUACGUGGAUGUUGACACAGAAUACAGCCGGCAAGUCUCUCUGGAAGCAGCUAGACAGCAGAUUGUCCUGCUCCAGAACGAUGGCAACAUGCUACCACUGUCCAAGGUGAACAAUGUUGCAGUUAUUGGUCCUCUGGCGAAUGUCAGCACUGCACUGUUGGGCAACUACUAUGGAGCUAAUGAAGUGGUGAAAUCGCACACCGUUCUCAUGGCUAUGCAGCGUGUGCUGGGCAAGAGCCAGAUUUCCUAUGCACAGGGUCUCUCCAGUGUCUCAUCUACCAAUACAUCUGGCUUCGAAGAAGCUGGUGCCACGGCUUCUAGCUGCGAAAUGUCAGUGGUCGUGAUAGGGCUGGACUCCAGCCAAGAGGACGAGGCUCAUGAUCGCACCAACAUCUCGUUGCCCGGGGCACAGGUGGAGCUGGUCAAGUGGGUGUUUGCUUCAAACCCCAAAGCCAUUGUGGUGCUGAUCAACGGCGGACCUCUCGCUAUUCAGCCAGUCUUGGAUCUAGUCCCGUCAGUGGUGGAGGCCUUCUACCCGGGUCAAAUGGGUGCUGAUGCCAUUGCAGAGGUGAUAUUCGGUGACACGGUUCCAUCAGGCCGAUUGCCAUUCACGGUGUACCCGGAUGGCUACGUGCAGCGUCCCAUCUCGGAUAUGAGCCUGCGAGACAACGGUGGCUGUACGUACCAGUACUACACUGGGUCACCCCUGUUCCAGUUCGGUCAUGGCUUGUCGUACACGACGUUCAGCUACAAGUGGUCCAACGAGUCAAUGGCCCGCAUCACCAGAACGACAACGGAGGCGGCGAACACGCCGAUCACCUACACAGUAAUCGUGGAGAACACUGGGCCAUACCAGGCUCCUAUCUCUGUGCUGGCGUUCAUCAGUGCCACAGAUCAACCGGACGCUCCGCUGAAGAAGCUAUUCGAUUUCGGCCGCGUCUACUUGCAAGUAGAGCAGCUGGCCACAAUUCAGCUGACCGUCUUACCUGAUGUCCUAGCUCUUGUCGACGAGAAAGGCGUGCAGAGCAUCAGACCCGGCAACUACAAGGUGCAAAUUGAAACCCUGACAGGCGAGAUUCAACUCACCGGCAAGGAGGUUGAGCUGUUCAGUCUGCCAAAGAUUAGAGAGCAGCAUCAGAGAAAGCAGCCGGGAGUGAAGGCCGCAUGACCAACCGUGCCACACACGAUGGACACAGAAACUGCCGCGAGAAGCGCAAAUUUCACUUGAACUGAAUGAGUUUUCUGUAGUGAUAUACAUAUACAUGCACAACACUAGAUUCAUCCUAAAAAAACUUUGUACAUAGAAACAGGGAUAUGCCAAAAUGAUUGCAGUGAUUUCUUGCUCAUGACAUUAUCUGCAUAUUGAGCAACAGACUGGUUCUGUUCUUGACUUUCUCAGGCAGUAUUAUUCCUCUCGAAUGCUACUACUGCUUUGAUAGACUUCGGCUUUCGACAGUACGUCAGCAUACGCAGUCGUCAUCUGUUAUGCAGGCAACAAAAACGAGACAAAUAUAUUCCACGGUUCUUGUGCUAGUCAAUCAGACUGACGUUUCUGUAGGAACACCAUUACCCUCAAUGAUCAAGGCGCAGA